AUGGGAUUUACAGCUCGGCCCCCAUCUCAGGAAUCGACUAUCUUCAAUCCAAACUUCUAUGCGCUGGCUACAGACGUCCUAAGCCUUGAAAUGGCGGAUACUCUGUAUCUGAGCAAGACUGACUAUCGCAUGAGCUAUCUCUCAUCGAUCACGAUGGGAGUGGCUAGUCCGAUGUCAGCCCUGGUGCUUGAUACCAAUCUCGAUAUAACAGGUAUCAACUCGAUC